AUGACUGAUUCGGAAAGUGACAGGACGUCGUCGAGCCAACCGCCGCCGGUUGAGUCUUGUCCAGUCUAUUUUAUAGUGAUGAAAAAUUUACAGGUUGCGCUUUCGGAUGUUCGUUCGCUUUCCUCGUAUAUAAAACAUCUUUACAUCGGGGCAGAUAUAGAGUCACUUCAGGAUGCAUUAACUCAAAAAUCGGGUGUUGAAUGCAUACAAAGCUUAAUUGCUGAUCCUCAAGUCAAACUUCUUACAGUGGAUCGCAUCAAUAACAGAGAUACUGGAAAUGCGGAUGACACCGUGGAUGAGAUUGCCACCAUACGGAUUUCGAACGAAAUUAUCAAACGUUCGGAGCGCACUACUUCGCUUCUUCUGGUCAAAACUGGUACAGUUAUUGAAGCAGACAAACCAAUUGAAGAUCAGCUUUAUGUUUUAAGGAUACCUGAGGGUAAUCCUUAUGAUGUAUUGCUGACUUUAUUUGGUCGGGUUGGAGCGCCAUUCUUUAAAACGCUUAAAGAUUCUGGAAACGGGGAGAGAGACGGCGAUAAAAUGGCUGCUUCAGUCGAGAAAAGUUUGAAUGAGGUUGAAGUUUCGUUGCUCCAUAUGCAGCAGAACAUUGAUAUACCUGAAAUCAAUCUUGUAUUUCAUCCUUCUAUCAAAGCCGUUGUUGAGAAAGCGGCCAGUGAGGGUCGAAAAGCUAAAGUUGAAGAUUUAGGAGAAGAUAUUGAAGAUGCAGUGUUUUUAAAUAGCUUACAGAAAGGUGUUAAUCGUUGGAUUAAGGAGAUUCAAAAGGUCACCAAGUUAGAUCGUGAUGCAGGCUCAGGCACAUCAUUACAAGAAGUUGCAUUUUGGCUGAAUUUGGAGCGUGCGCUCUAUAAAGUUAACCAGAAAAGGGAGUCAGAGGAACUUGUUUUAACUCUUGAAGCAUUAAAAUGUGGCAAGAGGUUCCAUGCAACUGUCUCUUUUGAUGCUGAUACAGGUCUUAGGGAAGCAAUGUCGAAAGUGAACAAUUAUAACUUGUUGAUGAAGGAUAUGCCAUUGAAUGAACUUAUGGCGGCGACUGAUAUGGAAGCAAUCCGUCUAGCAGUUAUUAAUAUUUUUGCUCACCUUAAGAAGAUUAGAAACACAAAGUAUCCUAUCAUUCGAGCGUUGCGUUUUAUUGAGGCGAUAUCGAAAGAUCUUUGUUCGCAAAUGUUGAGGGUACUGGGAACAAGAAGACUGAUGAAUAUACCUCUAAUGGAAUUUGAUGCCCUCAUAGGUCAAUGUUGCGAUGUUUUUUCUGCUUGGUCCGAUGAGUAUGACAAGCUUUCUCAGAUGCUGCGCGAACUUUCAAAAAAGAAAAGAGAGGAGCAUUUAAAGCUUGCUUGGCGAAUCAAUCCACAACAUAAGAAACUCGAAGCACGUUUAGAACAGAUGCGACAAUUCAGAAGGCAGCAUGAACAGCUACGCAUGGUAAUAUCUCGUGUCUUGCGUCCGGCUGGGGCAGUUGGCAAUGAGCAGGAGGUUGGAGAAAACAGCGAAAGAUCAGUGCCUGCAUUGCAUGUAGGAGAUCUCGGUGCAGUUGAGCAAGUGAACUUAGCCUAUGAAAAUGUUAAAGAAGUUGAUUGUCUGGACAUUUCAUCAGACGGUACCGCUGCUUGGGAGGAUGCUGUUCGUCGGUAUGAAGGAAUGAUCGACAGGGUUGAAACACAAAUAACAGCUUUGUUACGGGAUCAGCUGGGCACAGCAAAAAAUGCCGAUGAAAUGUUUACCAUAUUCCAACGUUUUAAUGCGCUUUUCGUCAGGCCACACAUUCGUGGCGCUAUUCGUGAAUACCAGACUCUACUAAUUCAACGAGUCAAGGAAGAUAUUGAUCAACUGCAGACUCGUUUCACUGAAUUCAAUGAAGAAAUUAAUCAGAGGAAUUUGAGUACUAUUGAUAUUCCUCCUUUGUCUGCUUCUAUUAUUUGGAUUCGACAGAUAGACCGACGUUUGUCGCAGUUUAUGAAACGUAUAGAAGAUGUUCUUGGAAAAGGAUGGGAAAAUCAUGUUGAAGGUCAUCAGUUGAAGCUUGAGGGCGACAACUUUAGGCAAAAACUAAACACUCAGCCUAUUUUUGAAGCUUGGAUUGCCAAAGUGAAGGCGAAAAAUAUUUCAAUACAGGAUCGUUUGUUCACAUUUGAAAAAAGGCAAAAAGAUGGGAAAGUCCUAUUGCAUUUGAAAGUCAACUUUUCGCCAGACGUAGUAACUAUUUUCAAGGAAGUGCGAAACUUGAAACAUAUGGGUUUUCGCGUCCCACUUAACAUUGUUAACUUCUCCCAUCACGCUAACAUGCUAUAUCCCUUUGCUAUGUCUUUACUGGAGUCUAUACGGACAUACGACUCCAUUAAUGAAAGAAUUGCUAAUAAGCCCGGAAUUAGCUUACUUAUUGCUUCUUGCAGGAAAGAAAUACAUAAUCAGCUGUCUGAAGGCAACAUGCUUACUUGGGAUUCGUACAAGAUGGAUCCUUACGUAGUAAAAUUUUCUGAAACAAUAAACAAUUACCAGGAGAAAGUCGAGGAAUUAGAAAUGGUUUUGGACACAAUUGAGGUCAAUCUGGCAGCGUUAGAUACAUGUCAGUACUCUUCAGCAACUGUUUCCGCUUUAUUAACUUCAAUACAGAAGGCCAUUGACCAACUCUCUCUUGGUAAUUACUCGAAUUUACAUCAGUGGGUGGAGGACAUCGAUAGGAAGAUUGAGCAAAAAUUAGCGUUGCGAGUCGAAGAAGCGAUAAGAUUAUGGACUCUGGUCCUUACCCAUAAAGACUUGGAGGAAGAGAGUGAGGACAAAGCUGCGUUGCCAGUUUUACAACCAAUUGUUCUUGAAAUGCGUGUCACUUCACAGGUUAUGUACGUUAAUCCAAGCAUCGAUCAAGCUCGAGCUCAUUUGCUUGAUCAGUUAUUCGCAUGGCAAGCUGUUGUGACUGACCAGCAUCGCAUUUCAAGCAAACGCUUUCAGCUGGCUUUGACCAGAAACAGCACCGAGUCGACGUACAGGGAUGUCCUUGCAGUUUUACCACAGGGUCAAAAAAUCCUUGAUGAAGCAUAUGCAGCUGUUGAAGCAGUCAUUAAGGAAGUAUCGGAAUAUGUUGGAGAGUGGCUAAGAUAUCAGGCUUUAUGGGAUUUGCAACCUGAUCUUUUGUAUGAACGUUUGGGAUUAGAUAUCAAGAAAUGGAUGAAAACAUUAGUGGAAGUGAGAAAAACUAGAUCUACAUUCGAUACGCAGGAAACUAGAAAAGAAAUUUAUCCAAUCAUAGUAGACUAUACUAAAGUUCAGUCUAAAGUUUCUUUGAAAUACGACUACUGGCACCGUGAGAUUCUGCAGAAAUUCGGGACUUCAGUUGGCAGUGAGAUGCAGUCCUUCUUUGCUGAAAUCUCGAAGUGGCGGACCGAAUUAGAGGAACAGAGCGUAGAUUCUGGCUCAACUAGUGAAGCCAUUCAGCUGAUAACCUACGUCCAACAGUUGAAGAAGAAAAUAAAAAUUUGUCAGGAGAAGACUGAUCAAUUUCGUUCUGCACAGCGUUUGUUAGCUCAACAACGUUAUCAGUUUCCCACAUCAUGGCUAUAUUCUGAAAAUAUUGAUGGAGAGUGGUCUGCUUUAAGUGACAUUUUAGAAAGAAAGGAUUCUGCUAUUCAAGCCCAGGUUGCGAAUUUGCAAGGGAAGAUUAGAGAAGAAGAUGAAAUGGUUGAAAAACGAACUCAAGAUGUACUUGCAGACUGGGACAAGGCGAAACCUAUCCAGGGUUCUCAAAAAACUAGUGAAGCGUUGGAUGCCCUUAAUGCAUUUGAAGCGAAACUGAAUAAAGUCAGAGAAGACCGAGAAAAUAUGAUUAAAGCGAAGGGUGCUUUGGAAAUGGCUGAACCAUUGGCAUCAGGCGCUCAUUCUGCUAGACUUGAUGUCGCUAUAGAGGAGCUAUCAGAUCUUAAGGCGGUGUGGCAAGCUUUGGUUCCUUUGUAUAAUUCGGUUGAAGAACUGAAGGAGAAAACAUGGCUUUCUGUUCAGCCAAGGAAGUUGCGGCAGAGUCUUGAUGAGCUUCUUGCUCAGCUGAAACAGUUACCAGCAAAAUUCCGUUCUUACGAUUCGUAUAACUACGCAAAGAAGGCAUUACAAAAUUAUUCAAAGGCAAUACUUAAGUUUCUACUCACUUAUCGCUUUAUGAACAUGAUUGUAGUUGAAUUAAAAUCUGAGGCCCUCAAAGAGCGACACUGGAAACAACUGAUGAAAGAGCUUCGAGUGUCGUGGAAUCUUUCUGAAUUGACUUUAGGGCAGAUUUGGGAUGCUGACCUAUUGCGUCAUGAAUCUGUCAUAAAAGAUGUUCUUUCCGUUGCUCAGGGGGAGCUUGCUUUGGAGGAGUUCCUCAAACAAGUUCGGGAAUACUGGCAGUCUUUCGAAAUAGAUCUUGUUAACUAUCAAGGUAAGACAAGGUUAAUUCGUGGCUGGGACGAGCUCUUUAACAAGCUCAAAGAACAUAUGAACUCGCUAACAGCAAUGAAAUUGUCGCCGUACUACAAGCAGUUCGAAGAGAAUGCACUUUCUUGGGAAGAAAAGUUGAACAAGAUAAGUGCGUUAUUUGAUGUUUGGAUCGACGUGCAGCGGCGCUGGGUUUAUCUUGAAGGUCUUUUUACAGCAUCUGCAGACAUCGCUAACUUAUUGCCAGUAGAAACAGCCCGUUUUGCUAGCAUUUCGACAGAGUUCCUCGCUUUAAUGAAGAAGGUAACGGCAGCUCCUCGGAUUUUGGAUGUUAUUAAUAUGCAAGGGGCGCAACGAGUGCUGGAACGUCUUGCAGAUAUGCUAGCCAAAAUUCAGAAAGCACUCGGUGAAUAUUUGGAACGGGAGCGGAGUUCAUUCCCUCGUUUUUAUUUCGUUGGUGAUGAGGAUCUUUUGGAAAUUAUGGGAAAUAGCAAAGACAUAGCAAGGCUGCAAAAACAUUUGAAAAAAAUGUUUGCUGGCAUAACUUCCAUUGAUAUAGAUGAAGAAAACUUACUUGUUUUGGCAUUAAACAGUCGUGAGGGCGAAAGAGUGCAGUUAGUCAAGCCAGUUAGUAUAAAGGAGAAUCCUCGUAUCAAUGAUUGGCUGAGGCUAGUCGAAAAUGAAAUGCGUAGUACUUUAGCGGUCUUGUUGAAUCGCUCUCUUGAUGAAUUUUCAAAGCUAGAAAUUAGUUGUGAAGAACCGCAGAAGUUUAUGGAGUGGCUGGACAAUUAUCCGGCUCAGGUGAUUGAAUUAACAGCAAAUAUUUGGUGGUGCAGUCAGGUUGAAAAAAAAUUUGCUGAGGGAGGAGGUGUCGAAAAUGUUGCCGGAGUAGUGGAUGUUGCUCUUUCUUUAUUAGCUGAUAGUGUCCUCAAGGAACAACCUCCUAUCCGUCGGAAGAAGAUUGAGGCUUUGAUUACUGAGUUUGUACAUAAGCGGGACAUUUGUCGUACUCUUAUUGCUAACCAAGUUAAUUCACUAACGAGUUUUCACUGGUUACGGUGUAUGCGUUUCUAUUACGAACCUAGACAGCCUGAUCGCUGCUGCACAGUAAAAAUGGCUAAUGCACAAUUUCCGUACGGAUUUGAAUAUCUUGGUCUACAAGAAAAGUUGGUGCAAACACCUCUGACAGAUCGCUGUUACCUGACUAUGACACAAGCUCUGCAUUCAAGGUUGGGUGGUAGUCCAUUUGGCCCAGCAGGCACUGGUAAGACAGAGAGCGUCAAAGCUCUAGGCCAUAAACUAGGUCGUUUUGUACUUGUUUUCAACUGUGACGAGACCUUUGACUUCCAGGCAAUGGGAAGAAUCCUUGUUGGUUUGUGUGAAGUCGGUGCUUGGGGGUGCUUUGAUGAAUUUAAUCGUUUAGAAGAACGCAUGCUUUCCGCAGUAAGUCAGCAAAUUCAAACCAUACAGGAAGCAGUUCGGGCUGGCGGCGAAAUGAAGGUUGACUUGGUUGGUAAAACGCUUUCUGUCAAUGCAAAUAUGGCGAUAUUCAUUACAAUGAAUCCCGGGUAUGCUGGACGGUCAAGUUUGCCGGAUAAUUUAAAACAGCUUUUCCGAUCUCUUGCAAUGACACAACCAGACCGUCAGUUAAUUGCUCAAGUCAUGCUCUUCUCACAAGGCUUUCGUACCGCAGAAAGGCUUGCUAAUAAAAUUGUUCCACUCUUUAUUUUAUGUAAGGAACAGCUUUCGGACCAGUGCCAUUACGAUUUUGGCCUGCGUGCUCUGAAAUAUGUGCUUGUAAGCGCUGGUAAUAUUAAACGUGAUGAAAUUCAGAGGGUGAUCGAGAAAGGCGGUGUUUCUGAAAGUGACAUAUCAAGCACUGUCUCUGAGCAACAAAUUCUCAUUCAAUCUGUGUGUGAAACACUUGUUCCUAAACUCGUUUCUGAAGAUAUUGCUCUUUUGUUUUCUCUACUUUCUGACGUUUUUCCAUCCGUUGAUUAUAAACCGAGUGAAAUGUCAGAACUUCGUGCCGAAAUAGCAAAAGUUUGUGAAAAAUCGCUGUUGUGUCAGUCUUCUGUUCACGGGGAACUUGGUUCAGCUUGGUUGGAAAAAGUACUACAGUUGUAUCAAAUUACUAAUCUCAACCAUGGUUUAAUGCUCGUCGGAGCUAGUGGGAGCGGUAAGACUGCGGCUUGGAAAGUUUUAUUGAAAGCUCUAGAACGAUUAGAGAAUGUUGAGGGAGUUGCGCAUGUAAUUGAUGCAAAAGCAAUGAGUAAAGAUGCUUUGUACGGCGUGUUGGAUGCAAAUACCCGGGAAUGGACCGAUGGGCUUUUCACGCAUAUUAUUAGAAAAAUAAUUGAUAACGUGCGGGGUGAAACGUCAAAAAGACAGUGGGUCGUUUUCGAUGGUGAUGUUGAUCCUGAGUGGGUUGAAAAUCUCAACUCUGUCCUCGACGAUAACAAAUUGCUUACCCUUCCAAACGGCGAGCGGUUAGCCAUCCCACCAAAUGUUCGCAUUAUAUUUGAAGUAGCUGAUUUAAAAUAUGCAACGUUGGCUACUGUGUCACGUUGUGGUAUGGUUUGGUUUAGCGAAGAUGUAGUGACCUGUGAAAUGUUAUUCGAGCACUUUUUGAACGUUUUAAAGAAUAUCCGAUUAGAUGUGGAGCAACAGGUCGACUUAUUGGAUAUGAACAGGAAUCCAGAAGAAAUUACUUCUGAUGCUGAUAAUAGCGUACUUGCUCUGCAGCGUAAAUGUGCAGCAUUUUUGGCUCAACAUAUGAGUGCAGGUGCUCUUGUACCAUUGGCUUUGAACUACUCUUUGUCCCAGCUAGAGCAUGUAAUGGAACCCACAAAACAGCGAUUGCUUUCUUCAUUCUUUUCGAUGAUGAACUAUUCUGUCCGCCAGUUAAUCUUAUAUAAUAAUAACAAUACCGACUUUGCUCUUUCGAAUGAGCAGGUAGAAGGUUAUAUGUGCAGAGCUAUGCUGGCCAACAUUAUUUGGGCGUUCAGUGGGGAUGGUAAAUUGAAGUCUCGUUUACAAUUAAGUGAGUUUGUUAGGCAGUCGUCAACUUUACCGCUACCUCCCAACAGUUCUUUGCCAAUUAUUGAUUAUGAGGCGUCUAUUUCUGGUGAUUGGGUUCCUUGGACAUCUAAAGUUCCUGUAAUCGAGGUUGAAACUCACCGUGUAGCUGCGGCAGAUUUAGUUAUUCCUACUGUGGACACUGUCAGACAUGAGAUGUUGCUGAACACAUGGCUUUCCGAGCACAAACCACUUGUUUUAUGUGGUCCUCCUGGGUCUGGAAAAACAAUGACGCUUUUGUCGGCAUUACGGUCUCUCCAAGAUAUGGAUGUCGUUAACGUUAACUUUUCUUCUUCGACGACUCCAGAACUGCUUAUGAAAACUUUUGAUCACUAUUGCGAGUAUCGCCGAACUCCCAAUGGUGUUGUUUUGUCACCGGUACAGUUGUCUCGAUGGCUGGUUAUAUUUUGUGAUGAAAUCAAUUUGCCAGCCCCGGACAAAUACGGCACUCAAAGAGUCAUAUCUUUCUUGCGUCAACUUGUCGAAAUGAACGGUUUUUAUCGUGCGUCCGACCACACUUGGGUCACCCUAGAACGGAUACAGCUUGUUGGUGCUUGUAAUCCUCCAACGGAUCCAGGAAGGCAUCCUCUUACUUUGCGGUUUUUGAGGCACGUACCUGUAGUUUACGUUGAUUAUCCCGGUCAAACUUCACUUAAUCAAAUUUAUGGGACUUUCAAUCGUGCUAUGCUACGUAUGGUGCCUUCUUUGCGUGGUCUUGCUGAAUCGCUAACUAACGCCAUGGUCGAAUUCUAUCUUCAAUCUCAGGAUCACUUCACUCAGGAUGAACAGCCGCAUUAUAUAUAUUCCCCGCGUGAGCUCACUCGUUGGGUACGAGGCAUCAGUGAAGCUAUUGCACCACUAGAUAACGUAACUCCUGAUGCUUUAGUUCGGUUGUGGGCUCAUGAGGCUUUGAGGUUGUUCCAAGAUCGUUUGGUACAUGAAGAGGAACGACGAUGGACAGAUGAGCUUUUGGAUUCAACUGCAAACAAGUAUUUCGGCUCAUCCUGUAACCUCGAAGUGGCACUGAAGAGGCCGAUGUUGUAUUCUUGCUGGCUUACGAAGCAUUACUUGCCUGUAGAGAAAGAGCAACUGCGGGAUUAUGUGGCUGCUCGUUUGAAAGGCUUUUAUGAAGAAGAACUUGAAGUGCAACUUGUCCUCUUUGAUCAAAUGCUAGAUCAUGUCUUAAGGAUAGAUCGUAUAUAUCGUCAACCGCAAGGUCAUCUUUUGCUGAUCGGGACCUCGGGGUCUGGGAAAACGACUCUUUCACGUUUUGUUGCUUGGAUAAACGGUUUAUCAGUUUAUCAGCUAAAAGUGCAUUCCAAAUACAAGGCCGCUGAUUUUGACGAAGAUAUGCGCACUGUUUUAAGAAGAGCUGGCUGUCGCAAUGAGCGUAUGUGCUUCAUAAUGGAUGAGUCAAACAUGCUUGAUACUGGAUUUCUGGAACGCCUGAACACUUUGCUCGCGAACGGAGAAGUCCCCGGUUUGUUUGAAGGUGAUGAAUAUACGACCCUUAUGAGCCAGAUUAAAGAGGGGGCUCAUCGUCAGGGGUUGAUGUUGGAUUCUCCUGAUGAGCUCUACAAGUGGUUUACUGCUCAGGUUAUGAGGAAUUUGCAUGUAGUUUUCACUAUGAAUCCAUCGGGAGAUGGUUUGCGCGAGCGAGCCUCUACUUCACCAGCUCUUUUCAAUAGAUGUGUGCUGAAUUGGUUCGGCGACUGGACUGAUUCUGCAUUGUACCAAGUGGGCGUGGAGUUGACUAAUACUUUGGAUAUGGAUCGGCCCGGGUACCAAGCGCCGUUUGCCAUUCCUGUUGUCUGUGAUCUACUGCCGUCUCCAAUUCAGUACCGUCAUGCUGUUAUAAAUACAUUUGUCCACGUUCACAAUUCAGUGCGCAAGCUUAAUGAGACAGAAGCAAGACGAGGUCAUCGGAUUAUGGCCAUAACACCAAGACAUUUCCUAGAUUUUAUCCAACAUUAUAUAAAAUUGUUCCAUGAAAAGCGACGAGAUCUGGAGGAGGAAAAACUACAUCUUAAUAUCGGCCUUAACAAGAUCAAAGAGACAGAAGAACAAGUUUUGGAAUUGCGGAAGUCUCUAACAUUGAAAAGUAGCGAGUUGGAGGCAAAGAAGAGUGCUGCUAACAUAAAGUUAAAAGAAAUGUUAUUAGAUCAGCAAAAGGCCGAAAAAGAGAAGCUAACUAGUGAGCAGCUACAGAAAGAACUGGCAAUAUCUUUAGAAGAAAUAAAGAAGAAGCGAACUGAAGUACAGAGAGAUUUGGCGAAGGUUGAGCCUGCUGUAGAAGAGGCUCAGAUGGCUGUUAAAGGUAUUAGAAAGGCACAGUUGGUGGAAGUGAGGUCGAUGUCGUCACCUCCACAUUUAGUGAAGUUAGCACUCGAGUCAAUUUGUCUGCUGUUGGGAGAGAUCAACCGUGCUUCAUCUGCGUGUGGUCCUAUGGUGAAGUGGGUUAAAGCUCAGCUAUUGUAUGCUGAUAUGCUGAGGAAAGUUGAACCGUUGAGGAACGAACUCCGUCGACUGGAGAGGGAUGCGAAAGUGAAAACGCAAAAGGGAGAAGAGCUGAAAAAGACAAUCGCUGAUCUUGAACAGAGUAUCGCAGCCUAUAAAGAGGAGUAUGCGCAGCUUAUUGGUCAGGCGGAAGCGAUCAAGCGUGACUUGGCGGUUGUGCAAGAAAAGGUGGCUAGAAGUACGCAACUGCUUUCCAGUCUUGGUUCUGAAAAAGAUCGGUGGCAUACCGGUUGUGAUGGGUUUGCUCAACAGAUGGACUCAUUAAUUGGUGAUGCAUUACUUAGCGCAGCGUUUUUGGCAUAUUCAGGGUACUAUGACCAGCAGCUGCGUGAUGUUUUGUUCCAUAAAUGGAUAUCUUUUGUGCAACAAGCAGAAAUUAAAUUCCGGUCGGAUUUGGCUAGGGUUGAAUAUCUUUCUACCGUUGAUGAACGACUUGAGUGGAACAAAAAUGGUUUACCGGUAGACGAACUCUGUGCGGAAAAUUCAAUUAUGUUGCAUAGGUUUAAUCGAUAUCCUCUUAUAAUAGAUCCGUCCGGCCAAGCUAUCAAUUUCUUACUAAAGCAGUUUGCAGGGAAAAACAUACAAAAAACUAGUUUCCUUGACGAUUCCUUUAGAAAGAACCUGGAAUCAGCACUUCGUUUUGGCAACGCGCUUCUUGUUCAGGAUGUUGAAAGUUAUGACCCCAUUUUGAAUCCCGUCUUAAACCGUGAAGUAAAACGAACUGGUGGACGUAUCUUGAUUACAAUAGGCGACCAAGAUAUUGAUUUGUCACCUUCAUUCCAAAUAUUCCUUAUUACGAGAGAUGCUUCGGUAGAAUUCGCGCCUGACGUUUGCUCUAGAGUGACAUUUGUAAACUUCACAGUAACCCGCUCUUCAUUAGAAAUGCAGUGUUUGAAUCAGGUAUUGCGAAGUGAACGUCCCGAUGUGGAUGAGAAAAGAAAUGAUUUGUUGAAGUUACAAGGAGAGUUUGCUGUUCGUCUCAGGCAGUUAGAAAAGGCCCUGCUUGCUGCACUGAAUGAAAGUAAAGGGAAGAUUCUUGAUGAUAACUCGGUGAUUACUACACUAGAAAAACUGAAGAUGGAAGCUGCAGAAGUUGCUCGAAAAGCUGCUGAAACUGACAAAGUGAUAGCUGAGGUUGAAACUGUCUCACAGCAGUAUCUGCGAUUUGCACAAGCUUGUUCACUUAUUUACCUAAUGCUGCAACAACUUAAUGAAGUGCAUUUCUUGUACCAGUACUCGUUAGACUUUCUUAUGGAAAUAUUUACUGCAGUUCUACAGACUCCUCAGUUGAACUCGGUGAAAGAUCACGAUGCUCGUCUUCAAAUUAUUACUUCAAGUCUUUUCCAAAUGGUUUAUCGCCGGGUUUCUCUUGGAAUGUUGCAUCAGGAUAAGAUACUUCUUGCGAUAUUACUUAUGCGUAUACUGUUGAAGGGAAAUACAAAAGAACCUUCAUACCAGCUCGAGAUGGACCAUCUGUUAGGGCGAACUGAAGUGUUUGCUGUGCAGAAAGAUAAGUCGGAGUCGUCUGUAGAUCUUCCGUUUUUGGACUCCAAUCAGCGUAUGGCUCUAUCUCAACUGUCAAGGCUUCCUGCCUUUAACAGCAUUAUUGCCACGGUUAAAGGUAGUAGCAGCUUUGUUGACUGGUUGGGUCUUGACGAUCCGGAGCUCUCAGUCCCAGUAUUAUGGUCUAAUGACGAAAAGCUAACAAAUAUUGGACGAUGUCUCAAUGAACUGCUGGUUGUCCAUGCCUUGCGACCGGAUAGAUUACUGGCAUCUUGUCAUAGGUUGAUCACAGCAGCUUUUGGCGUAGAAUUUAUGCAACAAGAUAAAGUUGUUAAUUUGGCGGAAAUAGUUAUCAAUGAAGUGACGCCGAAUCGUCCAGUGUUACUGUCAUCAGCCAUUGGUUUUGAUGCUUCUGGGAAGGUUGAAGAUUUAGCAGUUGAAUUGGGUCGUGAAGUGACUUCAAUUGCUAUCGGCUCUGCGGAGGGAUUUUCUCAGGCAGAUGCUGUACUUAGUUCUGCUUCCAAGUCAGGCCGGUGGAUCUUGCUUAAGAAUGUACAUUUGGCACCUAGUUGGUUAACUCAAGUAGAAAAGCGGCUUCAUACUUUAAAACCACAUCCAGAGUUCCGCCUUUUAUUGACAGCAGAAAUCCACCCAAAACUUCCAGCUUCUGUGCUUCGUGCUUCACGUGUUAUUGUAUUUGAACCAGCAACCGGCCUCAAAGCCAACUUAUUAAGGUCUUUGACCUCUUUACUACCCCAACGGGUUUCCAAAAUCCCUGCAGAACGUGCAAGGCUUUACUUUUUGGUAUGUUGGCUACAUGGUUUGGUUCAAGAGCGUAUGAGGUACACACCUCUUGGGUGGGCAAAUUCUUACGAGUUUUCUGAUGCGGACUUGCGUGUGGCUUGUGAUACUUUGGAUGCUGCGGUUGAUUCAGUUGCUAUGGGGCGUAAUAAUGUUGCUCCUGAAAAGCUUCCUUGGCAUACUUUACAAACACUAUUUUCCCAGUGCAUUUACGGCGGAAAGAUCGACAAUCGAUUUGAUCAGGUGCUUCUGGAUAGUUUCUUGGAAAAACUCUUCACCGCAAAGUCGUUUGAUGUGGAUCACGUGUUGAUACAGAAUGUUGAUGGGAAAACAAAUAAUCUUUGUGUGCCAGAAGGCACUACUCGUGAACACCUUAUUCACUGGGUUGAGAGCAUUAACCAUCUACAGCAUCCUAAUUGGCUUGGAUUACCAAAUAAUGCGGAAAAGGUUCUUCUAAGUGUCAGAGGCGAAGCAAUGUUGGCAAAUCUUUUGAAAGUUUCUGAUGAGGAGUUAGCUUUUGAAGUAGACGAUCAGAAGACUCAAGCACCUCCUUGGAUGAGCAUUUUGGCUGAACAGAGUUCGCAGUGGCUAAAGAUGUUACCUAAAAGCGUCCCGAAGUUGAGGCGCAGUAUGGAUAAUAUUAAAGACCCGUUGUUCCGAUUCUUUGAAAGAGAGAUAAACCACGGGACACAAUUACUUUCAGAAGUGCGAGCUGACUUGCAGCAGGUACAUGCCGUUUGUCGGGGUGAGCAGAAACAGAACAAUCACACGCGUGCUUUGACUUCUGCGUUAACAAAGGGUCUUGUGCCCAACGGGUGGAUUAGGUACACAGUACCUAAGGGUAUUACUGUGAUGGCGUGGAUAGCUGAUUUCGCUGAGCGUGUUAAUCAGUUGUCUAAAUUUGCUACAUCGGGUUCUCUAAAGAAAGAAACAGUUUGGUUAGGCGGUAUGUUUGCUCCGGAAGCUUAUAUUACCGCUACUCGACAGCUAGUUGCGCAAUCCAACCAGUGGUCACUUGAGGAGCUUAAUAUAAAAGUUGAAAUUGGUGUUACGGAAGACAAACCGGACACGUUCAGGAUUGAAGGUUUACGUUUGAUGGGAGCUGCAUGCAAAGCAGGAAAUACGAUUACAGUAGUCGACGAAGUCAGCACUGAAUUGCCAAUAGUAGCUUUGUCUUGGGUUCGGGAGCCAAGCUCUUCGUCUUUGAUUGUCUUACCGGUUUAUUUGUAUCGCAGCCGCACGAAUCUUUUGUUCACUCUUAACUUUGACCCGGCAGAUGUGGACAAAAACGUUUUUUACCAACGAAGUGUAGCUCUUACAGCUAAUAACGCACUAUCAUAG